AUGCACAUCUCCUUCAGCACCCUCCUUGCGUUCCUCUCGAUCGCCAGUACCAGCAUCCUCGCGCUGCCCGCUUCCUCCAACCCUCUCUUGUCCGCCGCCCAGCACCCGAACCCCUUUCCCGGCAUGCAGCCCGGCUGCGGCCCCCAGGGUUGCCACAACCCCACGGGCGCCUUCGGCCUGCACCGUUCCAACCACGCGUACCACACCCUCUGCGAUCAGCACGCCGCAUCGGCCGCACACGACCACCGCGCCAAAGCAUGCUUCGACACGCUGCUCAAGCUCGACACCAACCUCUCGGCCCCGAACCCGUCUCGGCUGCAAGGGUACAUCGACGGGUCGGGCACCAACUUUGUUCUCUUCGCCGGCGAGCACGGCCAGAUCGUCACGCUGGACGAACAGCUCGAGAUCCACGUCGACCAGCCUCGCGGCGACACGGCCAGGAAGCACGGGUGUGCACGCGUGAGGAUCUACCGCCUCCCCAAGUGGUCCUUGGAACUUGACGAGACGUGGUGUGCCGGCUACAACGAGCCCAUUCAGCUGUAG